AUGCCGAAAAUCGUUAUUUGGGCGCAGAUCGCAGAUCAUGAAGCUGAAAAGGUUAAACUCGAUGACUCUGCAGACAUUGCUGAUUUGAAAGAAGAACUUCUUGGAAAAGAAGCGAGAAAAUAUCAGGUAUAUUAUAACGGUCAACAACUAAAACCUUCAACCAUUGUUCCAUCUGGUACCACAUGUGAGAAUCCUGUGCUUUUGAAAAUAUCCCAAGAUAAUUCAUGUGCGGUGGUAUCUACUGAAAAUCUUGCGCCAACUGUUAAUAAUAAUGUUUCAAAUGUGGAAAGUAUACGUUCCAAGUAUGUAGCUGUUGGACAGAUUGCACGCGAUGCAAGUAGGGCAGGAAUGUAA